AUGAGUGUAACUCACAUCGUCGUCUUCAACUUCAAGCCAGAUGCCAGUGCAGUGUCUGUAAAGCAGUGCUGCGAUGAAGUGAUCGGGCUGAAGGAUCGAUGCAUCCUCGCAUCAACCAGCAAGCCAUACAUUGCCAACUCUAAGGGUGGCAAGGACAUAUCCAUUGAGGGGAUGCAGAACGGUUUCACUCACAUGUUCAUAACCGAGUUCAGCUCCGUUGCUGAUAGGGACUAUUACGUCAAGAAGGACAAGGCACAUCACGAUUUCAUCGGCAAGUGGAUCACUGCGACUGAUACCAUUGUUGCAAAUGCCAUGGUUAUGGAUUUUGUUGCGGGGUCAUUUUGA